CCCGACACAAAACGGUACCCCUCCCACAAUCCUCCAUUUUUAUAGCUCAUGAUUUUCUUCACUAAACAUUACUCCACCACCAUCUUCUUCUCCACAGUUCUUCUUCGCCCUAACACAAUGGAUUCAAGCUCAAUCACCGAUGAAGUAUCAUACGAGUUUCUUCCAUAUUUCCGAGCAUUCAAAGACGGUCGCGUAGAGAGAUUCUUCGGAACAGAUGUGGUUCCUCCAUCCUCCGAUUCUCAAUCUGAUGGUGUCGCCUCCAAGGACGUCGUGAUUUUGCCGGAAACAGGCGUAUCGGCACGUCUCUUCAUGCCUAGCACCAUCAAUUCAGGCCAAAAGCUCCCUCUUCUGGUCUACUUCCAUGGCGGAGCUUUUUGUUUUGGGUCACCUUUCUGUCCUACCUACCACAACUAUCUCACCUCCCUCGUAGCCGAAGCUAAUGUUCUGGCAGUGUCCGUCGACUACAGGUUAGCACCAGAACACCCUCUACCCAUAGCUUAUGAGGAUUCAUGGGGUGCUCUUCAAUGGGUGGCAUCACAUUGUGGUGGACAAGGCCCUGAGGCCUGGCUUAACGACUACGCCAAUUUCCGGAGAGUUUUUCUCGCGGGAGAUAGCACCGGAGCCAAUAUCGCUCACAACAUAGCAGUGAGAGCCGGGGUUGAAGAUUUAGCAGGAGUGAAGCUGUGUGGAGUUUGUUUGGUUCAUCCAGAUUUUGCUAGCAGAGACGGGUAUGUGACUAAGACAUGGCUUUUUGCAUGUCCAGGUACAACCGGGUCGAAGGACCCAAGGAUUAACCCAGCUGUGGAUCCGAAUUUGCCAUGCUUGGGGUGCACCAAGGUAGUGGUGUGUGUGGCUGAGAAGGAUGGGCUGAGAGAAAGGGGUUUGUUUUACUAUGAGACCUUGAGGAAAAGUGGAUGGGGUGGUGUGGUGGAGAUUAUAGAGACACAAGGGGAAGAGCAUGUGUUUCAUUUGUUUAACCCAACUUGUGAGAAGGCUGUGACUUUGUUGAAGAGGUUGGCUUCUUUAAUGAAUGAGGGCUAAGGACAUGUGGCUUCUUCCCUUUAUUUUUCAAUUUUUUUUGCUGAGUUGUGAUUGAAUGGGUAUUGUUCAGGGCCAAGGAAACUG